AUGAUCCUCAAAAACCCCAAGUCCAAAUGCAUCAAAACCCUAAUCUCCGCUUCCCUAAAUCCCAUAUUUCCGCUAGCUAACGAUGCCUACCCACCAAAUCUCCAAUGUUCUUACACGCAAACUCAGAGCUAUGUUCAAGUGACCAUGAAAUGGAAGAAAGAUCCCUACUUCGAUUCAAUCGAGCACAUUCACAAGUCCACGGAGCUGAAACGCAUUGUUUCACUGAAGAACGUCAUAGCUCGGAACCCCAGUGGUUGCAUCCCCAUCUCUGAUGUGUCAAAGAAAGGUCGGCAAUUUGAUCUGAACAUCAAAGUGGCUAGGUUUUUUAGGCAAUACCCAUCAAUCUUCGAGGAAUUUGUUGGCCCCCAGCAUAAUUUGCCUUGGUUUAGGUUGACCCAGAAAGCAGCCGAGAUUGAUAGAGAGGAAAUGAAUGUGCUUGAGGAUCAUAAAGGGGAUAUAAGGGAAAGACUGAAGAAGUUCAUUUGGAUGAGUAAAGAAAAGGCAGUACCUUUGAAGAUCAUCCAAGGGAUGGGUUGGUAUUUAGGUUUGCCUGAUGAUUAUCUGCAGAGAUUCGAUGAUGGGUCUUUCAGAUUAGUGGAUUUGGAAGGUGGGCUGAAGGGUUUAGCAGUUGAGAGCCAAGGAAGAGUUUUAUCUGUCCUGCAAACGAACGCCAUGAAACAAGGGGUUUAUUCAGGAGAACCGAUGGAGGCAUUAGAGUUCCCACUCUUUCCAUCUAAAGGUUUGAGGCUUAAGAGGAAGAUAGCUGAUUGGCUCAUUGAGUAUCAAAAACUUCCAUAUGUGUCGCCAUAUGAGGAUUACUCCUACUUGGAUACCGACAGUGAUAUUGCGGAGAAGAGGGUUGUGGGGUUUCUUCAUGAGUUGCUUUGUUUGUUUGUAGAGCAUUCAGCUGAAAGAAAGAAGCUUUUGUGCCUGAAGAAGUAUUUCGGUUUGCCGCAGAAAGUGCACAAGGCGUUUGAAAGGCAUCCCCAUAUCUUUUACUUGUCUUUCAGGAACAAGACUCGUACAGCCAUUCUAAAGGAGGCUUUUCGCGAUGAAUCGGCUAUUGCGAGACAUCCUUUGUCGAUAGUUAGGCAGAAGUAUGUUGAAUUGAUGAUGGAAUCCAACCCAAGUUUGAAGAGGCGGAGAAGCACUAAUGAUGAAGUUGAGGCUGUUGAUCAUGAGAAAUCCGAGUCUGAUGUGGAUUGUAACUAUAAAAGUGUAGAAGCAAGAACAGAGUAUUCGUCAGACAGAAUAGUUGCUGGAGGGAGUUGA